AUGAGCCUCAAACACCCCACCAUUGCCGUCUCGGCUCCUGGCAAGGUCUUCCUCGCUGGCGGGUAUCUCGUCUUGGAUCAGGAGUACACGGCCUUUGUGUUCGGUCUCAAUGCUCGCAUCAAUAUCAUUGCAGGAGAUAUCCACACGACUGCUGGUGUGCAGCUCACUGAGAUCGUGGUUGAUAGCCCUCAGUUCCUUGAUGCGCAAUGGCGGUAUGGAUAUCACCUUGCUGGCGAGGGCGGCGGUAUCAAAGUUACUCAAUUGCAAGUCGGAGCUCAGAUCAACCCCAACCCCUUCGUCGAGACGACUCUUAGCUAUGCUCUCACCUACAUCGACCGUGUCGCUGGGCAUCGUUCCAGUCACAGCUUGGCAUCUGCUCGCCUCAUCAUCCUCGCAGAUAAUGAUUACUACUCUCACUCGGAGUCUGAAACGACUCGCUCGGGCCGCUUCGCCAAGUUCCCUGUGACCCUGAGCAAUGCUAACAAGACUGGUCUUGGCUCUUCCGCUGCCCUUGUCACCUCACUAACCGCCUCGCUCCUUGUUCAUUAUCUACCCGAGGAUCUCUUCAGUAUUGAUUCUGACAAAGGAAAGAGGACGUUGCAUAACCUGGCCCAGGCUGCUCACUGUGCUGCCCAAGGCAAGGUUGGCUCGGGCUUCGAUGUUGCGACGGCUGUUUAUGGAUCCUGCCGGUACAGACGUUUCUCUCCAGCCACGCUGAACAAGAUCCCCGAGCCUGGUGCGGCUGGCUUCGCUGAUGCCUUGGUGAAGCUUGUUGAUGGCGAGUCUGAGUGGGAUGUGGAGGUUCUCAAGGACGCUGUCACCAUGCCCAAGGGUGUUGUUCUGCGUAUGUGUGAUGUCGACUGCGGAAGCAAAACUGUCGGUAUGGUCAAGAAGGUCCUCGCGUGGAAGUCCUCAAACCCCGAAAAUUCCAAGACCCUUUGGGACGAGCUGCAGAGCCGCAACGAGCAAUUGAUUGCCACUCUUAACGCCGGCGAUGUUGCGCAGCUGCCUGAGAAGAUCAAUACUGUGCGAGAGAAGAUUAGAGAGAUGGGCAAUGCAAGCGAUGUUCCCAUCGAGCCCGAGAGCCAGACAGAGCUCCUCGACGCCCUGAGCACCGUCGAAGGAGUCUACGGUGGUGUGGUCCCCGGUGCAGGUGGUUACGACGCCCUGGCUCUCUUGAUGAAGGACGACGAGGAGACGAAGCAGCGAGUAGAGGUGUUCUUGGAGAAGUGGGCAGCGGAAAAGGGCACAAAGGUCAAGCUCCUCGCCGUUAAAGGAGAGAUGGAGGGUGUUCGCUCCGAGAGCCUGAACGUGUACGCUGGUUGGGUCUGA